GGGAGAACCUGUUUUAGAUGGGACAAACUCACACAGGGCGCUUUAUCUGAGCUCGCUGGUCUGCGAAAACGAAACUUGUUCUGUGUCCCAACUGUCCUGUCCUCCUUCCAGCAGUGCAAUGUAGAUAAGGAAAUGUUGAGAGCGCUAUCUGGUGCGGAAUGAAUCAGAAUCGCUGUGGUUGACGCUCCUACGUCUUCGUUAAAGUUGCUAGUGAUUGUGAGUUUUCUCUGCUUGGAAGAGAGACAGGUGAGUGUAUAUUACACUUCAGAAAUUUUACCAGGAUUCGUUGUCGUGUCUUUUUUUGUUGUCGUGUAUUUAACUAUUCUUUCAAGUAAAUAAAAGCUUUUUUUACUUGUGGCAUCUCGAAAUCGUUCACAAAGUUAAACGUAUCGCGAGUGCGAUUUGAAAGCACCGCUUUCUCAUCACGCUGAGCUUUUGAAUCGCUCUCGCGAUACUUGAUGUCAUUCGCCGAUCGUUCUGCGCAGCGCCAUUUGAAGUCGAUUUCCUUCUCGUCUGCAGAGCCCUGCAUGGUCACCCACAUUUUAUUUUUCUUUGUUGGUUCGGACACUUAUAAACAUAACCUCAAAUAUGCAUCAGUACGAUUGCUUAUCAAUACGAGUUGUUUUGCUGUAUAUAAUAAUGCAUUCGUUUUAGUUACGCAAUGAUUUAUCAUUUCCUUAUCAUUCCUAUUUUCAAACGACCACUGCUGCCCUGAGCUCCGCCCACUGCUGCCCUGAGCUCCGCCCACUGCUGCCCUGAGCUCCGCCCACUGGCUCCUGUUAAUGAUUCUCAUUCUGCCGAAGCGUUUGCGUUUAUAUACCUCAGAUGUCGCGUAUUGUUUGAGCUGCAUCGUACGAUGAGUUCAUAUAAGGUUGAUAAGGAUGUUGAGUCUGAGGAGACAUUAAACGAUGUCGAAGAAGAACACGACAUAGCGAGUGAACGCGAGGAAUCGUCUGAGGGGGAAACCGUGGUUUCCUCAGGAGAGGAGAUGGUUUUUGAUAAUCUUUCAGAUGACGAUUCAUCAUCGUCUGAAGAUGAAUUGAGUCCUGCGGUGAGCUCACGGAAAAGGAAGAUCUCCCGUCCCUCCGCUGUUUCACCGUCUCCAGCAAAAUCUAAUAGAUCUGCUUCGCCUGCCUCUGCGGGCAGUGGGAAAGGAAGCGUCAAGAAAAAGAGCAUCAAGCGGUCAUUGUCGUUUUCUGUAGACAUGUCAAAUGAUAAGUGGCAUAGUGCGGAUGAGCCUGAUAUCGAGCCGACUCAACAGCAAUUCAGACCCCUCCGAACACCCGGCCCGCAGGUGAUCUCUACUGCAUCCUACAGUCCUCUGCAGUUUUUUCACAUGUUCUUUUCAUCAAGAGUAAUGCAGAAAAUUAUAGAGCACUCUAAUGCCUACGGGGCCAAGUGUCUGGCUGCCAAGCGACAAUCAUGGUGCGACAUUUCUUUGAAAGACUUCAAGUCGUUCUUGGCGCUCAUCGUCUACAUGGGUCUGGUCAAGUGCUUCAACCUCACAGACUACUGGAAGAAAUCUGACAUCUACAGUCUGCCGUAUCCUGUACAAGUGAUGUCUUGUAGGAGAUUUCUAGCCAUAUCCAGCGCUCUUCACCUCAGUGACCCUGAAGAAGAUGCAGAGAAUGAAAAGAAGAAGGGAACGGCUGGAUAUGACCGUCUGUUUAAGAUCAAACCGCUGUAUAAGGACAUUAAAGAGGCCUGCCAAACUUACUUUCAUCCAUUUCAGAACAUCUCCGUCGAUGAGAGAAUGGUAGCAUCAAAGGCUAGAAAUGGACUCAAACAAUAUAUGAAAAACAAACCGACGAAAUGGGGCUACAAACUCUUUGUUCUGGCAGAUUCGCUCUCUGGCUACACGUGGGACUUCUUCGUGUACGAGGGAAAGUCAGACACAAAGCAAGGCAAGGGGGUUGGCUACGAUACUGUCAUGAGGUUGGUGAAUGAAAAGUCAUUGGGCACUGGAUACAAGCUGUUCGUCGACAACUUUUACACCACCCCCAUGCUGUUCAGGGACCUCCUGAGUAAGAAGAUUUUGGCUUGUGGGACAGUUCGAGCAAACCGGAUCGGACGCUCAACAACAGCAGCUCCUCGAGGCAACAUACGCUGGUUCAGAGACGACAAUCUCCUGUUGGUCGAGUGGAAGGACAGAAGAAACGUCCUGCUGUGCUCCACCUUUCAUAAAGCAUUCAAUGGGGACAAAGUGAAGAGGAAGGUGAAGGGAGGCGAUGGAGUUUGGACCGAAGAAGAAUUCACGGUUCCGCCUGCAGUGCUGGACUACAAUAAGCACAUGGGUGGAGUGGAUCUGUCUGACGCACUCAUUGGAUAUUACAAAGUUCUACAUAAAACAAGAAAGUGGUAUCGGACCUUCUUUUACCACUUUGUGGACAUUGCUGUGGUAAACGCCUUCAUUUUACAUCAGCACGUUGCCAGGUCGAAGAACCAGAAGCCGAUGACGCAGAAGGAGUUUCGGGAGGCUCUUGUUUCAGAGCUGGCAGGAAUAUGUCCUGUUUCUGCCCCUGGUCCAAAUUACACCAAUCCUAAACAUUCUCCUAAUAAUUCCCACAUGCCCAAGUACGUCUCUAGUGAUAGCACGGCUGGAAGGCGUAGAUGCAAAUUGUGCCACCUUAAAACUCCACUUAAAUGUGUCACCUGUGAUGUGAGUCUGUGCUUUGUUACCAAGCGUCAGUGUUUCAUUGAAUGGCAUAAAUCUGGUAAUUAUAAAGAGGAAGGUAAUAUGGUAAAUGUCUGAGCCCACAAGCUUUAUUUAGAAUACGUAAAUUAGCGUGUACUGAAAGAAACAGGAAAGAAAGCUCUAAAUUUAAAGCCUGGUGGUUGGAAACCGUAGUUCAUGAUUUAUGUUGUAGUUAUAUGAACACUAAUUGUUUUUUAUGCUGUUGCUGUCUUGUGCAGUACUUUAUCGUUACUGUACUGAAAUUCCUACAAAUGCUUUUUAAAAAGUGUUGUAUUAUGUCCUUUGAAUUGUUUUUAUAGAAAUGUGCCUUUGCAGAAAACCUUUGGUUGUUAUAUUCACAGGUGUGAUCGUUUCUGUCCUCAUAUAGCUGAAGAAAUCAGAAUCGCUGUGUUUGUCACUAUUUACCAUCUUCAUUAAAGAUGUCAAACAUCCAGAUGUGAACACGAGCUUUCUCUGAAUUGUAUAUCAGUGUUGAGUAAAAAUCGAUCUCACUUCUGCUUGGAAGGGUGAAAGGUGAGUGUAAACUUUUGGUUGCAUCACUAAGCAUUAAAACGAGUCAAAAUAUACCUACAACCCAC